GCAGCUUCUCAGUCGCGUCUUUCUCACUCACUGGGGAGCCCCGCGGUGGCGGUACCUUCGGAGCAGAGCUGCGGAGCCGCGAGUCAGCCACUCGCCAGAGGAGGUCGGACAGACUGACGGCAGAGCCGACAGACGGGCACGGGGACUGCUAGACGGCCGGCUGGCCUCAAGUUCCGCCAUGAGCUGGGGCACAGAGCUGUGGGAUCAGUUCGACAGUUUAGACAAGCAUACACAGUGGGGAAUUGACUUCUUGGAAAGAUAUGCCAAAUUUGUUAAAGAAAGGAUAGAAAUUGAACAGAACUAUGCGAAACAAUUGAGAAAUCUGGUUAAGAAGUAUUGUCCCAAACGUUCCGCCAAAGAUGAAGAACCACGGUUUACCUCGUGUAUAGCCUUUUUUAACAUCCUUAAUGAGUUAAAUGACUAUGCGGGCCAGCGCGAGGUAGUGGCAGAAGAAAUGGCACACAGAGUUUACGGUGAAUUAAUGAGAUAUGCUCAUGAUCUGAAAACUGAAAGAAAAAUGCAUCUUCAAGAGGGACGAAAAGCUCAACAAUACCUUGACAUGUGCUGGAAGCAGAUGGAUAAUAGUAAAAAGAAAUUUGAAAGAGAAUGUAGAGAGGCAGAAAAGGCACAACAGAGUUAUGAAAGAUUAGAUAAUGAUACUAAUGCAACCAAAGCAGAUGUUGAAAAGGCUAAACAACAGUUGAAUCUGCGUACACAUAUGGCUGAUGAAAAUAAAAAUGAAUAUGCUGCGCAAUUACAAAACUUCAAUGGAGAACAGCACAAACAUUUCUAUGUGGUGAUUCCUCAGAUUUACAAGCAACUACAAGAAAUGGAUGAACGAAGAACUAUUAAACUCAGUGAAUGUUACAGAGGAUUUGCAGACUCAGAACGUAAAGUUAUUCCUAUCAUUUCAAAAUGUUUGGAAGGAAUGAUUCUUGCAGCAAAAUCAGUUGAUGAAAGAAGAGACUCUCAAAUGGUAGUAGAUUCCUUCAAAUCUGGAUUUGAACCUCCAGGAGACUUUCCAUUUGAAGAUUACAGUCAGCAUAUUUACAGAACCAUUUCUGACGGGACAAUCAGUGCGUCCAAACAGGAGAGCGGGAAAAUGGAUGCCAAAACCACAGUUGGAAAGGCCAAGGGCAAAUUGUGGCUCUUUGGAAAGAAACCAAAGUGGUCGGUGAAGAUGGGCCCAGCACUGGAAGAUUUCAGUCAUCUACCACCAGAACAGAGACGUAAAAAACUACAGCAACGUAUUGAUGAACUUAACAGAGAGCUACAAAAAGAAUCAGACCAAAAAGAAGCGCUAAACAAAAUGAAAGAUGUGUAUGAGAAAAAUCCACAAAUGGGGGAUCCAGGGAGUUUGCAACCUAAAUUAGCAGAAACUAUGAAUAACAUUGACCGCCUGAGAAUGGAAAUUCACAAGAAUGAGGCCUGGCUUUCUGAAGUUGAAGGCAAAACAGGUGGGAGAGGAGACAGAAGACAUAGCAGUGACAUAAAUCAUCUUGUAACGCAAGGACGAGAAAGCCCUGAGGGAAGUUACACUGAUGAUGCAAAUCAAGAGGUCCGUGGGCCACCCCAACAGCAUAGUCACCACAAUGAAUUUGAUGAUGAAUUUGAAGAUGAUGAUCCUUUGCCUGCUAUUGGACACUGCAAGGCCAUCUACCCUUUUGAUGGACAUAAUGAAGGCACUCUGGCAAUGAAGGAAGGUGAAGUCCUAUACAUUAUUGAGGAGGACAAAGGUGAUGGGUGGACAAGAGCUCGGAGACAGAACGGUGAAGAAGGCUACGUUCCCACAUCAUACAUAGAUGUAACUCUAGAGAAAAACAGUAAAGGUUCCUGAAGAGGGUUUCUGAGGAAAUGGGCAAGAUGUUGAAGGAGGUUACAUGCAGCUGCUUUUAGGGGGAGGGUAUAGAGUUGUCAGGCUCAAACAGAGUGAGAGAAGCAAGUUGCAUGAGUUGCAUGCAGACAUGAUUAUUUUUUUACUAACUUCAUAAGCAUUUCCAUACAGUUUUAAAAAAACCAUUAUAAUACAAAUCCUUAAUUUUUUCAUUCACAUUUAUUCACAUGAAGGAGAAAAAGCCAACAAUGGCUAACCCUUUUUCUGUUUACUGAUAUCUGAAUCAGAAAGAAUGCAGAGCUGUCAUUAAAUUUGUUUUACAUUUGAUGGUCUAAACAGAACUGUCUCCAUCUCAGCUCUGCAUUAUUGGCUUUUAGACCCACUGUUUGUGAGAAUCCUUACCAUGACCCUUUGUCAGAGUCUGCCUGCGCCACCUCUGUGCUUGCUUAAACAUCCUGUUGCAUGUGUAGACUGACUGGGCUAGAUUUUUCAGGCAUGUCUUUAUAAUCCCUUGUUCCUGUCAAAGCCUUUGUUUUGUUUUACAUUUGUAGUGCAAACACUUUGUCAAACAUUUCCAGCACUAAUGUUUUCAUCCUAGUAUUUGUGUAUGCUGCUAUAACUUCCCCACUACCAAACAUUCCAGUUUUGGCAUUUUGAAGAAGUAGUUUGUAAACCUGAAGUAUUUAUGAUAAGAAAAAGAAAACAUCUCUGCUCUAGCCUACAGCCCAAUUGAAAGAACUCUUUGAAAUGUGAUACAUCUUCAGCACCUCAGUCUGGGAAGAAUCUAUAAUCAGCACUGAAAUCCUGGCAUAAUAAACACAGAAGAUACUCACCACCUCAAGACAAAGGACUGUUGUCAAAAGUCAGCUGCUUCCAUUCAAAUGCUGCCUUAAACUAGAGUGCCUAAAUCUGUUGAUUGCCAACACUACCACUACAGUACCCCACAAAGGGCUUUAUGUGUCAGCUCAGUGCGACCUCCUUUAGCUUGGCAGUGCCGCCACAGCUGCCAGUGCAGCCUUGGUAGGUGGCUUCUAAGAGCUCUACUGUGUUUGAUGGUGCAUCUUCAAGUUUAUGCAUCAAACUGUAAAGACAUGUUUGAGUUCAUUUUACUUCGUGUUUUUAUGGGAAAUCUUAUGGGGUCCCCCGCCUCUUAUUGCUCCCCAUUGUCUUCUAAUUUGGGGUUCUCAUUUGAUUAUUACAAUGAUAGUCUGUUUCCAAGUAAUGCUUUUGUUUGAACCAGUUAAAAUUUAGUGAAACUUUGUAAUGAUCUUCGUGCACUUUUACUUGUAAAAUGGAAAUUUCUGUAUGUUUAUACUUGUAAAUAUAAUUGUCAUUAGUGCCCCUAUUGCUUAUGUCCUGCCUCACAUUUGUGAUUCUGUUAAUGACUUGUAUCUUAACUAAUUUCUUAGUGGUGUUUAAUAGGGAGAGAUGGGUGGGGGUGGGGGGGAUUUGUACCAUGGAAUCUUCAUUCAUUUGGUUCUUUGCUGUUUUGAGAGGAGAAAGAGAAUGUGAAAUGGUCUGUGUAUUAUUGGAUUUUAAGCAAUAUUUUAGCUGCCGUGUGACCGCUUGAAUAAAUUUUUCCCAGUGUUAUUUGACUCAUACUACCAGUUAUACUAAAGCUGAAUGACAAUUGUGUGAAAGUUAAUGCCUUCAUAAGAUCAAGUAUGCCCGUUACACAGCUGAUAUGUAGUGUGUUGCCUUUGAGGCUAGUAAACGAUAAAGUUUAGGUUUUGAAUCUCGUUACAGGGUUAUUUAUAUAAUGUGACAUUAUUCAAUUCUGACAGACUACAUAAAGUAGUUUUAAAAUCUAGUGCUAUUUUUAUUUUAAAGGUUAGCAAUGAGGAGGAAAUGUCAUCUGGCUGUGUUUGUCGUCUUCUGUACAAAACCUGAAGUGCUUCUGUUUUUCUGGCUAACAGCCACAGGCACAGAGGGCAAAGCUUAAGGCUUUCUUGUAAGGACUGACUGUUCUUUUCAAGCUACUGUUUGUUUUUCUAAAACCAGGACUUGCUUCCGUAGGAGGCAAGUUCCUUCAUGUGGAAUAGUGCAACCUGUAUAUGGGUUAUUACAAUAGGAAAGACAUUUGUACUUGCACAGUUUAAAUCAUUCUUAAAUUUUGAACAUGUGAAUUGUCCAAAAGAAAUCUUUAAUUUUUUGGUAAUUUUUACUCUGUGCACAUUUGAUUUCUUAAUGGUAAAUGCUUUGUUUAAGAUAGUGUUCUCUGUUGAGAAUAUUUUCAUGGAAUAAAACAGUCUUUUCAUGG